AUGGAAACCAGUGAACAUAGCGUAUCUCCUAGUUCUUAUCCAUUAAUAACAAGACUUCAUGCGCUUAUUCAGUGUAAUGGCACCUACCAGGCCAUAGGACCUGGAAACCUACAAACCAACUGUUCACCUACUGGUCAACUUCUCAAACCAAGACGGUCACAGUGCAAUACUUAUAGGUCUCAUCGUACAGCAACCUUCAUGAUCAUCACUCUCCGUCUGUUUCCGUCGGGGAAUUACGAAUCCGGUGCUGCCACUAAUUACAUUACUCGAGGACGAGCAUUAAAAAAACUACAGCUGUCGCUGAAAGAUUUUCGUCGUCUUUGUAUUCUGAAGGGAAUUUAUCCUCACGAACCGUUGCAUAAAAAGAAAGUUAACAAAGGAUCAACAGAAAAUCGAGUAUACUAUUAUGCUAAAGAUAUCAAUUUUCUGGCUUCUGAACCGAUUAUUAAAAAAUUCCGGGAAUAUAAAAUAUUCUUGAAAAAACUGACGACAGCAAAAGCGAAACGAGAUGAAGAACGCGUCAAGAAAUUAUACGAAAGACGUCCUAAAUACCAAUUAGAUCAUAUUGUAAAAGAAAGAUAUCCGACGUUCGAGUCAGCACUGCGGGAUCUGGAUGAUGCAUUGUGUUUGCUGUUUGCUUUUUCAGUUUUGCCUCAUACUAAAAUUAUUACUAGCUCUUUGGUGGAGUCAUCUCGGAGAUGCCUUAUAAAAUGUGGGAACUUAUUCCUAUUUCAGGUUUUUGUCUCGAUUAAGGGAAUCUAUUAUGAAGCAGAAGUGAUGGGUGAACGAGUAACGUGGAUUGUGGGUCACGAUAGAGGCGUAGGACAUGUAAGUGAAGUGGAUUUUUCCGUAAUGGCAACAUUUGCGGAGUUUUACGUUACAAUGCUCGAAUUCGUCAACUUUCGACUUUAUCAGUCAAUCGGACUCUUUUAUCCGCCUAAACUGGCUUUUAAGUCAGAUAAGUCUGAUGAUGAUGAUCAAACUGAACAGGGAAAAGUAUAUAGCUUAGCAUGUCCACUGUCAAAAUUUGACAGUUAUGAGGAACAAAUUGAUGCCAAUAUCGAUGACGCAAUCCAUAAUGAACUGAGUGAAAAGCUGUGUGAUGUCGAAAAGAGGAAACAGUUGUUCGUAAACUGUCGUUUUUGGCUAAAUCGUGAAGUUCCAAAGGAUGUUCUUGCGAUUAUUAUAAGAAGCUGUGGUGGCUUGGUUUCUUGGGAACAUUGUCCGGCGGCACAAUAUUAUGAAAAUGAUGCUCAGAUUACACAUCAAAUAGUCGACAGGCCACUGCUUGACAAUCAAAGAAAUCUCAACAGAUGCUACAUACAACCGCAAUGGGUUUUCGAUAGUUUUAAUAGACGAAGUCGACUUCCAGUGAAGAAGUAUCUUCCUGGUGCAAUAUUGCCACCUCACUUGUCACCCUUUUCCAGUGACUACAAUAUUUACGAAGAGCAGCUCAAGCAAUUGAAGCUGAUAGGCAAAGCAUCGUCAGGCGCUACUGAUAAAAUGAACACUGAAGGGGAAAGCAAGAUGCAAGAAAAGAAAAAAAUUCAAAAAGAAGAAGAGGUACCAACUAUGAACGUUAACAAAGGCCGAAUGCAUAAAGAGAAUUUACAGAAGAAACUGAAUGAAGAGGGACAUAAACUUAAGCUACGUGAAAUGCUCAUACCGAAAAAACGUAGAAGAGUUUAUUCCAAAAUCAAGCGAGGAAUUAAACGCCGAAUUCAUGAAGAGAAAAAGUUAAAUGAGAAGAGAUUGAAACUGUUGGAAACAGUGAAUUGA